AUGGAUAAACUCUUUUGGUGUGAUGGGAUGUCCCGUAAUGAUUACAUGGAAUUUGGAAACGUCAUUGCCUUUGACACCACAAACAAAGUAAAUGCGUACCACAAGCCGCUUGUGGUGAUUGUCGUCGUAAAUCACCACAGGCAAAGUGUUGUUGUUUCUUUUUCUCUAGUUAGCCAUGAAAAGGAGGAGACAUUCAAGUGGAUAUUGGAGCAGUUGACCGAAGCAGGGGAUAACAUCGCUCCUCACACUGAUUUGACUGACGGGGACAAGGCAAUGACAAAUGCAAUAUCAUUUGUUUUCCCGAAGCCAGUACAUAGGCUGUAUUUGUGGAAUUUAAUGAGGAAUGUAAAAGGACAUAGCUCAAAAACGUUCUGCAGUGGUUUCAUGAAAUGUAUGAGAAGUACACAACGGUGUGAAUCAAUGAACAGCUCAAUGAAGACAGUUUUUAACCAAAAAAUCAUGUUGUACAAAUUUGUUGAAUUGUAUGAUCAAAGUGUUGAAAGAUAUAAGGUUCACAAAAUCAGGCCUCGACUACCAAACGAAGCACACAACUCCGAUUAUCAAAGGGGUCCUUUCAGGAAAGCACAAUACAUUGUAAUACACAGGGCUAAGCUCCACAAGAUGUAUUGCUGCUGCAUGAAGUUGGAAUCUGUGGGCAUACCAUGUCGCCACAUGUUUGCUGUAAUGAAGUAUGGACGCAUGACCGAGAUACCAAGGGGUUGUAUACUUCGAAGAUGGACAAAAUAUGCCAAGGCAGGCCUGUCUUAUGGUCACACACUAGAUGAAUUUAAUGAGCAGACUGAUACUUCGUUCGUUGGUCGGUUUGCCUAUUUAAAUGGGUUGGGCAUACAAAUCUGCAGGUUGGCAGCUAGAUCUUACAACGGGUCACUAUGGUUAAAGAAUGUUUUGUCAAAGGUAUUGAUUUCUCUGGAAACCCGUGAUGAAAAAGCCGAGGGAAUCCCAAAGAAAGCGACAUUGGUCGGAAUCGGUGAUCCUAAAGUUUUGCAAGCCGACAUGGGACUUAAAAAGAAAGACGCAAAGCCACAAGAGAAAUCCAACAGUUCAGAGAAGCCGAAGUCCAUUGACCUCAACCAGUCACAAUCGACUACUCCGAUUGUCACCUCUAACAUUGGCCUUGGUGAGCCGUCUUUCCUUUUGGGGGAUUUAAUGCCAGGAACAUAUACCAGUGGUGAGGCUUCUGAAGCCGUCGACAACUAUGAAGUUAGCCAAUACAAAACAGAACCAACUGUUUUUUAUUGGGGGCCAAGACAGCAUUGGUAG